CUAGCUGUCCCCGCUGCCAGCAGCUGGGCCGACCGAAGUCGGUGCUCGUACCUCCCGCUAGGUUGCAAGGGAUUGAAACCUUGCUAGAGUUUAGAACCACCUGAGGAAACGCCGUUACGCGCGAAGUGUGAGGCUCGGUCCCCGCUUGUGGAUUCACCGUGCGGAGGUUUUCUAACAGCUCAAUCGUUAUACCUUUCCAAGUGUUUUUAACAACGUGUUCUGACGAUUCUUGAUGGCAUAGAUCCAUCUAUUCACUGCUUCGCUUUUUGAUGGGGUCUCUUCGUUGGCGAUUGUCUUUUGGUUUCUUAAUUUCCAGAUAAGGAAGGCUGAUUCUGAGAUUAGGAUUUGGAAAAGACCAUGCCAGAAUCGUACCCACUCUUGGUGGUGUCCACUCUUGUCCAGCUAUUUUCCACACUGUUUCGGCUAGCUCCCAUAUGCUCCUUUAUCAUGGUUCUCUUCGAGUUCAACGGCGUGCACGCAACCUCUCACUCCAAGCGACUCAUCAUUUGCUAGUUCGUCUCGCAUAAUAGAUAGAAAUCUAACUAUCCUGCACGCCCCCAUCGCUCACUCAAGUUCAUCUUCGCAGUGGUUCAGCUCGAUACCGUUCUCUCUUGAUGAAAUUGAUGCCAUGUAAGGUUGUUGAACCAGCGUCAUGUUUUUUCCCCCAAGGAGUCUUGAAUCGUUUCGCUCGAUGUACCCCAAGCACUACUUGCAAUGGUUCUCUUCGACGACAUGCAGGCGAGAUCCUACGGCGUGGACGUAAACUCACCGCUCUCCGAAUACCCUAUCAUUGGUCGGAUUUUAUGUUUUUAUCAUAGGAAGUGAUCAUCUUCGUGCUCGUGGUUUAGCUCGAGGAUUGAUCUAUUAUAAUGAGAUUAUCUCCCCCCAUGAAAGCACUUUUAAAAAGAGUGAAAGUAUUGAGUUUACCGUAUGGCCCUACCUGUGCAUCCGUUCGAGUACGCCGGUCCUCAAUCAUGAUGCAUGACCCCCCGAACGUUUACAGUCACUGGAGGUUUCACGGUUCUGAUGGGGGACCAAAGCUGAUCUGUUCGACGGUCCGAAAACGGUCCACAGCUCUGGAUCUCCAGAAUUAUCCUUCGCACUCCUCCUUAAGUACCCAUCGAUUGUCUCAUGGAUCAAGUUAAACUUCCUGAGCCUUUCGCAAGCAUCCCCCGCAAGCCCCUCCUCUUUGGGCCUUCUCCAAUUCACCAGCUAGAGCGAAUGACCGCAGAUCUUGGUGGAAACGUCAAGAUCUGGGCCAAACGCGAGGAUUGCAACUCCGGAUUAGCCUUCGGAGGAAACAAAACACGGAAGCUAGAAUAUCUACUUGCCGAUGCACUGGCCAGAGGAGCAGAUACUUUAGUCAGUAUUGGAGGAGUCCAAAGUAAUCAUACGCGCCAAGUGGCAGCGGUCGCUGCUAAACAUGGGUUGAAGGCAAAGUUGGUACAAGAACAAUGGGUAGAUUGGAAGGAUUCUGUAUAUGACAAAGUAGGAAAUAUCCAGCUGUCUCGAUUAAUGGGUGCCGAACCUCGACUCGACCCAUCUACCUUUGGCAUCGAACACAAACCCACAGCGGCGUCUUUAACUGCUGAAGUAGAAGCAGAGGGCGGAAAGCCCUACUACAUACCAGCCGGAGCAUCCGAUCACCCAUUGGGUGGUAUGGGGUUCGCCAGAUGGGCAUUUGAGGUUGCUGCUCAGGAAAAGGAAAUGGGCAUUUUCUUCCACACCAUCGUUGUAUGUGUUGUGACUGGGUCGACAUUUGCUGGAAUGAUCGCUGGAUUCAAGCUUCACACGAGGCUAGAUCCGAACGUUCCUCCACGGCGUAUCAUUGGAAUUGAUGCAUCGGCCAAACCUGUUGAAACAAAAGCUCAGGCUCUUCGUAUUGCGAAAAACACUGCUGAACAGAUCGGAUUGGGGGCAGAUGAGAUAAUGGAGGCGGAUGUCGAGCUUGACGAGCGAUAUCACGCUGGUGUAUACGGAAUUCCGGAUAGGCAGACGUUAGAGGCGAUGCAGUACGGAGCAAGAAUGGACGCGUUUAUCACUGAUCCGGUAUACGAGGGAAAGAGUCUUGCAGGAAUGCUCGAUUUGAUUCGAAAGGGUGAGAUAGAAGGCGGUAACGUGUUGUAUGCUCAUCUAGGAGGCCAGCUGGCAUUGAAUGCGUACUCGGAUAUGGAGCAGAAAGUUUGA